CCAUCGUCCCGACUGAUGCUUCGGCUGCGACCGUAGGGCUUGAAGCGCGUGCUUCCUUUCCCAAGUUCGGUCUCGCGAGCCGCCACGAUGCCGAAAGCCAAGCAGAAGCAACGUCGGAAGAAGUAUAAUUACAACGUCGACCGCAAAAAACUGAACCGGGCUUUCCGCAAACGGUCGGCGCCUCGAAUACAAUGUGCUCAAAUCCGACAUGCCUGGGAUAGCACCAAAUCAGUUUCUAAGAAUUUGGCAGAAAUGGGCCUGGCUGUUGAUCCAAACAAGGCAAUUCCCGUUCCAAAGGAUACAAAAAUGGAACUUGAUGGACAAGAGGCAGGGACAACAACUGUUAGGAAGCCAUAUGUAAUAAAUGAAUUAGAAUAUGAAGCCAGCUUCCCAGAGGAAAAAUCUGAGACUCUCUCCAGAGAUCUUAUUGACUAUGUCAAACACAUGAUUCAGAAUCAUGGUGAAAAUUAUAAGGCUAUGGCUCGUGAUGAGAAGAACUAUUACCAAGAUACACCGAAACAAAUAAAGAGGAAGAUCAAUGUGUAUAAACGCUUCUAUCCUGAGGAAUACCAAGUAUUCAUUGCAUCUUUACGGCCAGAAAAAAUGGAGCAAUAAUUAUGAGGAAGAAAAGAUGCUGAAACAUUAUUUCAUCUGGAAUGGAUUUAAGUGACUGAGAUUGAAAAACUGAUACUUCAAUUACAUAAAAUAUUGUCAUCUAAAGAGAGAUAAGAAAAUACAGGUGGAACUUUGAUUCUCCAAAGUUCUGCAGAAAUUAUAAAUCAGAUUUCAGGUUUAUUUAUUUCACUAAAGGCUCUUCAAGGCAAAAUAGCUCUUUGUGACAAAAAUAUUUUUGCUUUGUAGAAACCUUGGUUGACAUACGACUUCUCUAAACCUAGUGUCAAUAAUAGAGCAUAUUGAAAAAAUAUAUUAGUUACAAGAGCAGAGGUUAAUUGUACACCAACUUGUCCACUUCUUGAGCAUUUUGGAAAGAUAGCACAAUAGUAUUUGAGUAGUCUCAAGUAGUAGUUUCCUUUCUCAGAAAUAAGGUGGGCAUCAAGAUCAAAGC